CUCUCUCUCUUCAAUAUUCAUGAUUCAACUUGCAGUACCAGACAACCAAUAUACUGCUUUACAGCCCAAGCCCACACAAAACCAAAACCUACUAUUGUUAUUUUUAUUUUAUUUCCAUUUUAUGUAUUGUUAUAUAUACAUAUAUAAAUCAAUUAAAAUAAAAUAUAGUUUUUUUUUUCUUUUCUUUUUGAAAAUGUAUGAUUAUGAGAUGUGAAUGAAUUCAUCUUCUUCUGCAAUCAAUCUGAUUCUUGAUCUUUUCUCUCAUAAAUUUUUAAUGUUUUUAUGUUGAUUGGUCUGCAUCUAAGAGAAUAAAAAAGGGUUCUUUCUUUGUUUCUGUAUGUAUGUAUACAUAGAUGUAAAUAAAUAUAUAUACAUAUAUAGAGAGAGUGAGAGAAAGUGGAAUGAAAUUGAAUUGAGAUUUGGUGAUUUGGUAAAGAAUUGCAGUUGCAGUAGUAAUAAACCCUGAAAGCUUUGUCGGCGCGAGGUCACUUUCUGUCGGCAUUGUCCAUAAGAAGGCCAGCCAUGACAGGCAGACAGUCUUUCACUCACUCUCAUACCCCUUUGCCCUUAAUUUAAUCAGAAAAAUUGAUUCUUUCUUCAAUUAAUCAUCAAAGAAUUGGUCUUUUCAAUCAUUUCAUUUUCUGGGUUUUUUUUUUUCUUUUCCUUUCCCAUUUGGGCAAAUGAAGCUGAGAAGCUUUUUGAGGAAUACAGGUUCAAUGUAUGAUAAUUCUUCAAACAAUAAUACCAUUUGGCAUAGUUGAAAGGGGAUCCCAUACCAAAUGUCAGGGACUCUUGCAGCAGCAUUAGGAGGUGCUGCAGGAGCCGUGGUAUUGGUUGGGAUAAUUGUUCUAUUCAUUUGGUUCUACCUAUCUCGCCAUAGGAGUGCUUCAAGAACUUCAGAGACAGGUUCUUCUGAUCCAUCAGUACAAGUUGGAAGGCAUGUUGGGGUUGAGUUAUCAUCGGUUAGAGAUACUAGGCGUUUUCAAAUGGAAGAACUGUCUCUUGCUACCAAGAAUUUCAGUGACAAAAAUUUGAUUGGAGAAGGAAAAUUUGGGGAGGUAUACAAAGGUUUGCUUCAUGAUGGGAUGCUUGUAGCUAUCAAAAAGAGACAUGGAGCUCCUACACAAGAAUUUAUUGAGGAGGUGCAUUAUCUCUCACCUAUACAGCAUCGAAAUCUUGUUACUCUUCUGGGGUACUGCCAGGAAAAGAAUCUGCAGUUUCUUAUAUACGAAUAUAUUCCUAAUGGAAGUGUUUCUGCUCACUUAUAUGGCACUGCUCAACAUUCGCGUGAGAAGCUAGAAUUCAAGCAUAGACUUGCAAUAGCUCUAGGGGCAGCUAAAGGUUUGGCUUAUCUUCAUUCUCUGAGUCCUCGUUUGGUACACAAGGAUUUUAAAACAGCCAAUGUUCUUGUAGAUGAAAAUUUCAUAGCUAAAGUAGCUGAUGCUGGACUCAGGAAUUUCCUAGGAAGAUUUAAUAAUAACGUCGCAGGGCCAUCUACUCAAGCUGCAGCCGCUGAUGAAAUAUUUCUUGCACCAGAGGUGAAGGAGUUCGGACGAUUUUCAGAGAAGAGCGAUGUCUACAGUUAUGGCGUUUUUCUUCUCGAGUUAGUGAGUGGAAGAGAGGCGACAGACAUGCCAUCGUCCGAGUCUAGUCAGAACCUGGUUGAGUGGGUGCAAAAUUUCCAAGAAAAUAGCAAUGUGGGGAGCAUGAUUGAUGGAAGAAUGGGGAAUAGGUUCACAGCAGAAGGAAUGGAAGGGUUGAUAGAGUUGAUUAUUCAAUUGGUUCAAGUCUCAAGUGAGAGGCGUCCAUUGAUGAAUUAUGUGGUAAUGCAACUUGACAAGAUACUGGAGAAAGAGAUGAGCUUAACCACAGUCAUGGGGGAAGGAACCCCAAAUGUCAUCCUUGGAAGCCAGUUAUUUAAAGCCUCUAAAUAAAAAUUAUAUAUUUCUAUUUUUUUAUAUAAAUUGCGUACAAAAAAAAAAAAGCAAAGAAAACAAAAAUAAAAAAGGAAUCAUGAGUGGCCAUAUUUGUGUUUUUUUUUUUCCUUCAUUAUUUUUACCUGUAGAGAACACAUCAGAGGUGCAGAUAUCAGCUGUUAGAUAAGUGUAUAAAGAACAGCUGCAUUAUUUUUUUAUUUUUUGUUUUAAAUGUCCAAAAAUUUAUUAAAAUCCUUGUUGUAAAAUUAAACCAUUAUUUAUUUGUUAAUAUUAAAGCAGAAGUAAGGUGUGA